AUGAAGAAUGAUAGUGGAGUUCAGGAAGUAAGCUCAAGUUUGAUGAUGACUGGUAAUAUUUUGGAAGAUAAAGUUAAAAAAAAUCAAGAAAUGAAUAUAAGAAAUAGUUUGGAUAGAUUGAUGAUUGAUAUAGUAAAGAUAGUAUAUAGAGAAAAAAGUUUAUCUGAGAGAGAAAAUAAGAAAAAGUUAGUUAAGAAGUUGGCAGAUAGGAUACUUAGUAAGACUAAAGAUAAAAACAGAAUAGUAAAUAGUAUCCAAGAUAAGAAUAUAAGAGAAGAAAAAAUGGACUUUGACAUAGAAGAGAGAUUAUAUAAUAAUAUUGCUAGGAAUAGGUUAUUAGAUAAUGUUUAUAGAGAUAGCACAGGGUUGAAGAUGCUAGGUAUGCAAGAUAUAAGUGCUACUUGGAUUUCAACCAGUAGUAUAUAG